UGUCACGGGAAAAGUCAGAAAAGCGAGAAAUCAGAGAAUGCCGAGGUUCAAAGCAGUGAAGACAUUGAAACGAUGCUGUUACAGAAGAAUUGCAUUAUCGUUCGAUAAAUAUUGGAUGAAAGAUAUUGACAAGACAUUUUAUGAACUGCCAAGGCUGCUGUACAUUCUUGGUCCUUUUGAGAAUUUGACCUCAGAGAUGAUACAGUCCCUCCUUGAUGCCUUGGUCCAGGAGAAAUGUCUAAAGCGACAACAUUUUAUGGUUCUAAUCCAACAAAAUUUGACACAACUAGAUCUCUCCUCAGCUGGGAUGGCAGCUAACAAUGAUAUAGUUGUAAAAACUAUAACAAACAGGUGCCCGAAAUUGAUGUCAUUGAGUCUGCAUGGUUUAAGCAACAUCAGUGCACGUGCUCUUGCAGAUUUGACCACACAGCUAACUGACCUGCGGACUCUUGACCUUGUCCAGACAAACUGCAAUGACCAGGUUCUUUCAGUUAUAGGACACAACUGCUUGGAGCUUUCGCAACUAUUGAUAUCCCAGACUAAGGUGACUAACAGUGGUGCUUACAGUCUGUGUCAAGCAUUUUGUGCUGACAAAGGGUGCAAAAAGCUUAAGAAACUAUCUAUCUUCACAACUAUGAUCAAUGCUGACGGGGCUUUGCAUUGUUUGAAAAAUCUUCCCAGCUUGCAGUACUUUGGUUUUGAUGAUGUUUGUGGCGUUAUUGAACUAGAUGUGAAUGAGAAAACAAAUAAAGGUGAGGAAUUACGUCCAUAUGAGCUGAGGAAUAUCGUUUUACAUGGAAUCAGGUUGUUUCAUGUAACUGAGGAAAGUGUUGUUCUUUCGUGCCGGUGGUGUCCAAAGGCCAUGGAAGCACGACUGUAUUACAAAGUCUGUGAUGACAAUAUUCUAGCUGUCAAACAGUUGAAACAUUUAACACGCCUUGGUAUAGGUAAUAAUGAUGGAUUGACAUUUGAAAAUGGUGUUUUACCUGUAUUGAAAGAAAUUGGACACCAGUUGUUAGAUUUGACACUUGCUGAUGUGAACGAUUUUGACCUGUUAGCAGUAGGAUAUUGGGGUAGAAAUUUACAGAAAUUGACCGUUCUUCUUUCUGAAGAGAAUGAAAUGAAUUUGCCAACAAAUUUAUCUGGGGUACCUGUGGAUGGCAGAGGACUUCUUUUCACGAAGUUAAGUAGCUUAGAAGUGGCGUAUCCCAUGAUUGAUACAGUAAUUCAAAAGAGUGCGUUCAUAGUUCUGAUGAAAAAUGCCAAGGAGUUGAAGCAGCUGACAAUUCAGUAUGUAACCUGGGUAACAACUGAACUUUUUCUAGAAAUACUGGAGGAGAAUCCGAUGAGAAAAUUGCAGGAACUGAAACUUGUGCUAUGCGACAAUGUAGAUAGUGAGGUAAUACAUAACUUGGUACAUGGACGGAAUGAUUUGACAUUGAUGAAGCUGCAGAAGUGUAGGAACAUUAGUCGACAAGAAUGUGAAAGUUUACAGAGAUAUGCACAGAAACAGAACAUGGAUUUGGAGAUAAGUUGGUCCUGAGAAAAGCUUGUUAAAAGAAUGAGGAUUUCAAAAAAAAAGCUGUAUAAAGAUCAUAGGAGGUAUUUUAGUUUAAGAAUUCUUCUGUUUUAUAUUCAUUAUGUCUCCGAUGCCACUUUGUAGUGGGAAACAUUGAUUUACUCCUGACUGUCUGUCCAUGUGUGCGUCUGUCCAUCUUUCACAAAUCUUGUCCACACUUUUAAGUCAAAGAUUUCUCAUCUGAUCUUCACCAAACAUGAACAAAAUAUGUUUGCCAGUAAGUCCUCAGCCGGGUUCAAUAACUAGCCAAAUCGGCCCAGGCACUUUGGAAUUAUGGCCCUUGAAUUACUGAAAAAAGCUCAGAUCUAAGGGGAACAUAAAGAACUCAUACUACUAAUCAUUAGUAGUAAAGGAGUCAUUGAUGCCCUAAGACCUAAUCAUAUCAGAUGAUUAGGCAGUUGUGGUGUUGGUGCAUGGUUGACUCACACUACUAUUCAGAUGAUUAAGCAGUUGUGGGAGACAGCAGAUAUUUAGAUUCAUUGUGAGUUUGUUCUUAUUCCAAUUUGUUCAAAAGUUUGAACAUAAGAACAGACUCUCAUGGUUUUCAGCAUAUAUACAAGAAAAUGUACUGUUGCAAGAUAUUUUAGUUAAGGGUUAUACCCAGACUUGUGCCAAAUUAUAUUUAAUUAAUUAUAAUUAACAAAUUUGAAAUAUACCAUAUUUGAGAACUUGUUAAGUGACCUCAAAAGUUAUCAUAAUUGAAAAGUUUUAGUAUAGAUUAGUAAUUCCUUUUUUAUGUUGCUCUGAAAGAUGUAACAAUAUAGGAACAAAUAAUCAGGGAAAUCCCUGUCUUAGUCUGGGGCAGAGGGAGGACGGAAUAGGGGUUUAGUAAUAGGCUUUAGAGGUGUUUGAGAGAUGAUAACCAACUGAAUUUUUAAGAGUACUGUGAUGUUAACCUGUGAUAUUUUUUCAGAAUUUGAUUUACUUUUUAGCUCACCUGAGCUAAAGGCACAUGGUGAGCUUUUGUGACCACAUAAUAUCUGUAGUCCGUUGUGCAUCAUCAGUCGUCUAAAAACGUCUUCUCGAAAACCACUGGGCAGAAUUACAGCUAACUUCACAGGAAUGAUCCUUGAGUGGUCCCCAUUCAAAAUUGUUCAAAGAAUUGAAUGUCAUGCAGAACUCUAGUUGCCAUGGCAACUGAAAGGAAAAACUUUAAAAAAUCUUCUUGUCCAAAACCGCAAGGCCGAGAGCCUUGAUAUUUGGCAUGUGACAUCAUCUAAUGGUUCUCUAUGAAAAUUGUUCAAAUUAUGCCCUAGGGUGAGGGCCCACCCAGGGGGUCCCAAGACUGAUAUAGCAAUCUAAAACCAUAAGACCUAGGACUUUAGUAUGUAGCAUUGCCUGGUGGUCCUCUACCAAAAUUGUUUAAAUUACUACCCUGGGGUGAAAAGAGGUCCUGUCCUGAGGGUUCUCAAGUUUUACAUAGACUUAUAUAGGAUUUCUUUUUAUGCCCCCGAAGGGAGGCAUAUAGUUUUUGAACCGUCUGUCCGUCUGUCGGUCUGUCAGUCUGUCCGCAAUUUUCGUGUCCGGUCCAUAUUUUUGUCAUCGAUGGAUGGAUUUUCAAAUAACUUGGCAUGAAUGUGUACCACAGUAAGACGACGUGUCGCGCGCAAGACCCAGGUCUGUAGCUCAAAGGUCAAGGUCACACUAAGACAUUAAAGGAUAGUGCAUUGAUGGGCGUGUCCGGUCCAUAUCUUUGUCAUCGAUGGAUGGAUUUUCAAAUAACUUGGCAUGAAUGUGUACCACAGUAAGACGAUGUGUCGCGCGCAAGACCCAGGUCCGUAGCUCAAAGGUCAAGGUCACACUUAGACAUUAAAGGAUAGUGCAUUGAUGGGCGUGUCUGGUCCAUAUCUUUGUCAUCGAUGGAUGGAUUUUCAAAUAACUUGGCAUGAAUGUGUACCACAGUAAGACGACGUGUUGCGCGCAAGACCCAGGUCCGUAACUCAAAGGUCAAGGUCACACUUAGACAUUAAAGGAUAGUGCAUUGAUGGGCGUGUCCGGUCCAUAUCUUUGUCAACCAUGGAUGGAUUUUCAAAUAACUUGGCAUGAAUGUGUACCACAGUAAGACGACGUGUCACGCCAAGACCCAGGUCCGUAGCUCAAAGGUCAAGGUCACACUUAGACGUAAAAGGUCAUAUUUCAUGAUAGUGCAUUGAUGGGCGUGUCCGGUCCAUAUCUUUGUCAUUCAUGCAUGGAUUUUAAAAUAACUGCGCAUGAAUGUGUGGCACAGUAAGACGACGUGUUGCGCGCAAAACCCAGCUCCGUAGGUCAAAGGUCCUAAACUCUAACAUCGGCCAUAACUACUCAUUCAAAGUGCCAUCGGGGGCAUAUGUCAUCCUAUGGAGACAGCUCUUGUUUAAAAAUCUUCUUGUUUGAAACUGCAAGCCAAGCCCUAAGCUUUUGAUAUGAUAUGUUGCAUUGCUUUGUGGUCCUCUACCAAAAUUGUUCAAAUUAUUACCCUGGGGUGAAAAGUGGCCCUGCCCCGGGAGUCUCAAGUUUUACAUAGACUUAUAUGGGAAAUUCUUUAAAAAUGUUCUUGCUUGAAACUGCAAGGCAUAGGCUAGUGAUAUGUGAUUGUAGCCUAGCCUAGUGUUCCUCUACCAAAAUUAUUCAAAUUAUGUCCAUGGGAUGAAAAUAGGCCCUGCCGUAGGGGUCCCAAGUUUAACAUAGACUUUUAUAGGAAAAAAAUUAAAAAUCUUGUCCUAAAGUUACAGGGCUAGGCCUUUGAUAUUUGGUGUGUAGACUUGGCGAUAUAUGACCAUUUUGUGUCGAUUCGCCGUAAAACCCAACUCACUGACUUGGUGUGUAGCAUUGCCUAGUGGAUCUCCUACAAGAUUGUUAAUAUUAUACCCCUUUGGUGAAAAGAGGCCCCCCGCCCUUGGGGUCACUUGUUAUACGAGUUAUAAAGGAAAAAGUACUUAAAAAUUAUAAGAUCAUAGUUACUAGACAGUUUGAUUAUAAUAACCCAAGUGAUUAGGGGGUCACCUGACUGUGACCUUGACCUGCUGACCUACUUUCUUGUUUUUUUUUUAAGAUACAACCUUGAAAUUUGGAUGACAUGUACAGUUAAGCACACAGAUCUUAAAGCUGACUCAGUGUCCAUGAAUGUGGCCUAUUGACAUACUUUCUUAAUAUUUUUGCCUUUUGAAACAUGGGGCUCAUAUUACUCAGGUGGGCAAUCCAGGGUCCUGACCCUUUUGUUGAUUUUCAGUUCACUUCACUGUGAAACAAUUUAGUAUUGUUCAUUUGUACAUAUGUUCACAAUAUACCCCAAACCAUGCAGUUUCUGUUUUUCAUGGUAUGAUAUUUGCUAUUUAUUUGUAAUGUAUUUUACAAUUAUAUAUCUGAUUUCAUUUUGGUACAUAAAAUUUUCACAUUUAAGGAAGGGCAUUGCAAAAUAUUCUGAAGAACUGUGUAAACACUUAUCCAAAUAUAAGAUCAGAUGAAAGUUUACAUGUCUGAAUUUGUGAAACUUGUGUUUUCUUGUAGUGAUGAUUAGUAGACAUUUUCUUAGAGGUGUAGAUCAAAUAAUUUUCCACAUCAGGGAAAUAUUCGUCUGUCUCUUUAUCAGGAUUAAAAUUAAUGUUUGUCUAUUUACACAACAAUUAAAUUAGAAAUUUUACAUCUGUGUAAAGUGACCACAGCUUUAAAUUCAUUUUACUUCUAGUAGAUGUUGUUUAGAAAAAAUGCUUUUUUAUUAUACAAAACUAGUAUUUUGUGAGUUACAGCUUUAUCUGAAAAACUGAAUCCAUGGUUUUAACAGAUUUUGUAGACCAGUCUCAAUGUUGUUGGUCAAUUUUUAGCUCACCUGUCACGUAGUGACAAGGUGAGCUUUUGUGAUCGCCCGUCGUCUGUGCGUGCGUACGUCCGUCCGUCAACAAUUUCUUGUCUGCACGAUAGUGGUUUCAUUUAUGAUUUUAUUUUAACCAAACUUGCACACAACUUGUAUCACCAUAAGAUCUCGGUUUCUUUCUUGAACUGGCCAGAUCCCAUUAUGGGUUCCAGAGUUAUGGCCCCUGAAAGGGCCAAAAUUAACUAUUUUGACCUUGUCUGCACAAUAGCAGCUUUAUUUAUGAUUUGAUUUUUACCAAUCUUGCACACAACUUGUAUCACCAUAAGAUCUUGUUUCCUUUCUUGAACUGGCCAGAUUCCAUCAUGGGUUCCAGAGUUAUGGCCCCUGAAAGGGCCAGAAUUAGCUAUUUUGACCUUGUCUGCACAAUAGCAGCUUCAUUUAUGAUUUGAAUUUAAUCAAACUUGCACAAAACUUGUGUCACCAUAAGAUCUUGGUUUCUUUCUUGAACUGGCCAGAUCCCUUUAUGGGUUCCAGAGUUAUGGCCCCUGAAAGGACCAAAAUUAGCUAUUUUGACCUUGUCUGCACAAUAGCAGCUUCAUUUAUAAUUUUAUUUUAACCAAACUUGCACACAACUUGUAUCACCACAAGAUCUUUGUUCCUUUCUUCAACUGGCCAGAUUCCAUCAUGGGUUCCAGAGUUGUAGCCCCUUAAAUGUCCAAAAUUGGCUAUUUUGGCUUUUGCAGCCAUAUAGAGACUUCAUUUAUGGUUUGAUUUGAUACAAACUUCCAAAAUAUCUUCAACAACAAUAAAUCUUGGAUUCCAUGACGAACCUGUCAGAUCCAAUCGUAGGUUCCAAAGUUAUUUUAUAUCUUAUUACCUCCCCUGAUUGUAAUCAAAAUGGAUUUAUAUCAGUAAGUACUUAUAGGCCUUAUUUGAAAUUUCAUUAUUGUCAUUAGUUGGACUGAGAUAAUCAGGGUAGAUAACUAUGGACUUAUUUUAUGUCAAAUUACCUCCCUUUAUUUCAAAUUAAAAUGGGUAUAUCUCCAUAACUAAUGAAGAUACUGAUUUGAAAUUUCAUUUAUGUCAACAGAUGGACUUGGACAAUCAGUGAAGAUACAUAUUGACUGAAUUUAUGACAGAUUACCUCCUUUAUUAUUUAUCUAAAUGAAUACACCUUAGCAGCUUCUAAUGAGAUUGGUUUGAAGCGAUCAUAUCAUUUUGAGCAAUAGUACUCAGGUGAGCGACACAGGGCCAUCAUGGCCCUCUUGUAAUCAUUGCUGUAGACACAGUCAAUCAUUUGCUGGAGAUUUGAGACUGGUUCCCCAAUAUAGAUCUAUAACUUCUCACCCUGGAGUCUUGUCUGCAUGAAGAAGUUGACUACUGUGUUCCCAUCAGUAAUAGGUUUUUUCAGCAUUCUCUGAAUAAUGGCAUUUUAAGAAAAUUGAAAGCAUAACAAUUCUUUCUUUCAAUAAAAUUCUGUUAAUGAAAACCUUAAUGUAUACCAUCGGCCACGAUGCCCUUGUGGUCUGAUGGUUUCAACCUAUGCCCCAUGGAUGCAGAAGCUGCAGUCAACUUUAAAGGUCUUCCAAAAGUAUUAGAGUAGACAAAUAUUGAAAUAUGAAAUAAAUUUCAAUUAAUUUUCAUAAUUCUAGCUUAUUUCAAUCCACAAUUAAAAGAAUUAAUACUAAGACUUACAAUAUCCAUUUUAAAGAAUAAAUGAUUUCAGUCACAAAGAGGAAUGCAAUUAUGUAUCUGUCAUCAUGACAGUUCAUCUCCUUGUCACUUGAAAAAAGUACACUCAAACAAGUACCAAUACACACACAAGAUGUGCGCAUGUCAAUAAUUUGAGUACCACUUGACCCAGAAUGUUGAAACUUCAUAGUAUGAUUGUACAUGCAGAGUAGAUGACCCCUAUUGCUUUUGGGGUCACUCUGUUAAAGGUCAAGGUCACAGGGGCCGGAACAUUGAAAACCAUUUUGGGACAGUAACUUGAGAACCACUUGACCCGGACAGGUUAAGGUCACAGGAGCCUGAACAUGGAAAACAAUUUCCAAUCUUGAAAUCAGUCGGAACUAGAACCAGUAAACUCUGCUAUAUAUAUAUAUUUAUUUUUUUUUUCAAAUAACACAGAACAUGAUAGUGUUUGUUUUCUGUGUAAUGAAUGAUUUGCGAGUUCGGUCUGUGUGUGUGUCUGUUUGUGGAAUGUUUAAUCUCACUAAAACCAAGCUAAAGCUGUUAUACCAUCACCAAAAGCCAUGAUACAAGCUGUAGCUCCACCACCACAGUGAAAUGCGCCGUGCGUCUAGCGUUUCUCAAGCUCACAAGCACUUCAACAGAAGGACAAAGAUGGUAUUUUACAACCUGAAAAACUGUCAAAAAAAUCUAGAAUAUCAAAUGUCCAACAAAAUAUAAACACAUUAUAAUAUCUAUAAAAUCAACUGACGGUAUCUUUCACUUGUCACUAAAGAUAAUUAAAGAAAUUAAAUGCUGUUAUAAACAGUCCCCUAAUCACUAAAUUGAUGAAGAAGUUCCUUUUACUCAAUGUUGGAAAUGUAGCUGUCAAAUUUGACAGAUGUCAAAAUCAAUGUUUACUCCAGCGUUGAUGCGCGUAUUUCCCAAAAAUACUGUUCCACCAGGUAGAAUCCAAAUUACAUGAUGUAGAAUCGUAUAUAUGAAAGAAUUUUACCGUUAACUGUGCACAGAAUUACUUGAUAAAUGAAUAAUGAAGGAAAAUUUCACGUUCCACAUGUUUAUGAUUUUCCUUGGUAGGAUAACGGCUCUGGCCUGCAAAGGCACCAGAAAAUAGGAAGAGUCAAAUAGAUGACUGCAACACAAAAUGGCGUGCGCCACUGCGAAAUGUAUAUUUCAAAGUGCUUUUUAACAUUUCUAGACCAAUACAAACAUAUGAACGACUGAAGGAUGAUAAAACAAUUAUGUGAGCAUAAACCAGUUACUAUAGUAUACCUGCAAAGGCACCAGAAAAUAGGAAGAGUCAAAUAAAUGACUGCAACAUAAAAAUGGCGUGCGCCACUGCGAAAUGUAUAUUUCAAAGUGCACAUGCGUGUUGGUGACGUCAGGUUAGGUAAAUAAAAAAACGACAUCAUUGUCAUCUAACUAGUAAGUAACAGGUUAGUGCAUAAGCAAGCAACUGGUUAGUGAUGGAUGGAUGGAUGUUUAAUAUAUAUGAAAUGUAAAAUAUGGUAUGUGUUGUGUGUGAAAGGUGUAACGUGAAUGGAUGUAGUGUUGAAUGGUGUUUAAUGUAUGUGUUUAUGUGACUAUGUAUACAUAUAUGACAAACAAAACAAAACAGAAGUGACUACGGAGGACAAUACAGGACAUCACAAUACUGUUAAUACAUAAAUAAGGUAACUGACCCUGCGACAAAUACAAUAUAAGGUAUUGAGUUGAAACUUGACUUAUUUUUAGCUCCACUAUUCGGGUAGGGGGCUAUACUACUAUCAUGGUAUGAACUUGCACACCUCCUAUUUUUCGUCUGGCCCCGCCCCCCUAUUUUUAGAGUUAUGGCCCCUGAAAUAGUCAAAAAUGCCCAUUUUCACUUUGUGACACGCCUAGCUCAAAAAGUAUUUAAUAAUUAUUAAAUUCAUGAAACCUUGCACGAGUCUUAAUCAUGAUAUGAACUUGCGCACCUACUAUUUUUUUUAUCUGGGUCCGCCCCCUAUUUCCAGAGUUAUGGCUCCUGAAAUAGUAAAAAAAUGCACAUUUUCUCCUAAUUACAUGCCUCACUCAAAAAGUGUUUAAUGUAAAUUCAUGAAACCUUGCUUGAGUCUUUAUCUUUAUGUGACCUUUCACACUUGGCAUUCUUCUUGAGAAAUUUAGCAUUUAUUACAGAGUUAUGGCUCUUGAAAUAGCCAAAAAAGUAGGUUUUUUGUUUGUGAUGCUCAUAGCUCAAAAAGCAUAUGGUAUAGAAUAAUGAAUCCAUUUCAGAAUUUUUUGCCCCCGAAGGGAGGCAUAUAGUUUUUGAACCGUCUGUCAGUCUGUCCGCAAUUUUCGUGUCCGGUCCAUAUCUUUGUCAUCGAUGUAUGGAUUUUCAAAUAACAUGGCAUGAAUGUGUACCACAGUAAGACGACGUGUCGCGCGCAAGACCCAGGUCCGUAGCUCAAAGGUCAAGGUCACACUUAGACGUUAAAGGUCAUUUUUCAUGAUAGUGCAUUCAUGUCCGGUCCAUAUCUUUGUCAUCC